UUCUGACCCCUCCUCUCUCUCACUCUCUCUCUCUCUCGCUCGCUCUCUCUGUUUCUCGCGUGCCAUCGCUCUCUUCCUCUAAACGCUCUCGCGUUCGGACGAAGACUUCUCUGCUAUGGUUAUGGUAUAUCCAUCCGCCGCUCAGUUCUUUCUGCUCUGUGCUCUAUUAUCCACCUCUCCGCUUAUCGUCCUCAAGAAUACCGGGCAAGCUUCAUUCAGGACACCAGUGCUUGGUAGGGUAAGGCAGAUAUAAUCAGUUUCGUUUAUUGCAACGUUGAAGCACAGCCAAGUGUUAGAAUUUGUGUCGACUGUCAACAAAGGCUUUCGUAUUUGUGAUUUGCUAUCGACUUACUUGAUCUACUCUGCAGCUUCAGCACGUUUGAUCAUGGAUACUAGCGAACAAGAAAGUAACGGAAAUCAUUCAGCAGAGCCAUUUGAUGAUGAUUCACACUCUUCAUGUUUGCCCGAAAAUUGUGAUAUAUAUGAUGAAUCGUUUCCAUUUCCUCGUGUAGGAGAGCAGUAUCAGGUUGAAAUCCCACCAGCAGAAGCAAAAUCAGUGCUGUUUCAGAUCUCAUAUGAUGAUGCCAAAAUGCCUGCCAUUGAUAAAUUUGGAGUAGGAUUAGCAAUUCCAGUUAAUUGGGUUCAGUGUGCAGUUGAUAAUAUCAAGAUCAGAUAUGAAAAAGAGGAAUCUUCCAAUGUGGGUAUUGUUGGCAUGAAAGGAUCAGCACAUUUACUUGACACUAGCAGUACUCAAGUUGAUUGUAAGUUCAACCCCAGUGGAUCUGCUCUUGAAAACCCAGAACUUGCUGGCAAACUUCUUCAGAGAUUUGCAUGCAAUGUUGAAUUUCUCAACUCAUUACAUCAGGAUAUUCAUGUUGCACCUCCAGCAAAUCAUAUGGUGGGUGAUAAGGGUCAGAAGCCUUCUUGUUUGUCUUUUCUGCAGAAUAGGAAUCUUGGGGACUUUUAUCCAUUGCCUGGUUUGUCAACUCUAUCUUGGAGUGAUGCAGAAAAGCAAAGUUUCCUUCUUGGCCUUUAUAUAUUUGGAAAAAAUCUCGUUCAGGUAAAGAAAUUUAUGGAGACUAAAAGGAUGGGCGAUGUAUUAUCAUUCUAUUAUGGAAAAUUUUAUAGGUCUGAUGAAUAUCAUAGAUGGUCAGAGUGUAGAAAAAUAAGAAACAGGAGACAUAUACAUGGCCAACGCAUUUUUAGAGGAUGGAGGCAGCAAGAACUCCUAUCACGUAUUUUAAAUACCACAUGCAAGGAACAUCAAGAUGCUUUACUUGAGGAAAUUAUUUCAAAUCAUUCACCACAUGCAAUCUAUCUUUCAAAGCAUAGUCGGUUGUCAUAAUAGGUGUUUGCAAUAAAGGAUUGAAAAUAAAGG